CUUCAGUUUGACUUGUCUCCUUAUAUAGUUUGCAAAAACCUUCAGCUAUUUCCCGUCAAACCCAAAGCUUCUCCUACUCCUACACUUCUAUUUUCCUCUCUCUUUUUUCCCCCUCUAUUUCUCUUUCAAUCUUUGUUACACAAAUUAUCCCCAAAGCUUGAAAAUGAAGAAAGUGGUGCUGAAAUUGGAGCUUCACGACAACAAAUGCAGACAGAAAGCCAUGAAAACAGCCUCUGGUCUUUCAGGGGUUGAAUCAGUUGCCCUGGACAAGGACCAAAAACUCACACUCACGGGAGACAUUGAUGCAGUCGUGGCAGUAAGGAAACUAAGGAAGGUAUGUUACACUGAAAUAGUCUCGGUCGGACCGGCGAAAGAGCCGGAGAAGAAGAAAGAAGAGCCCAAGAAAGAGGAACCGAAAAAACCGGCGGAUACGAGCAAAGAUCCGCCCAAAGGCGCGGUGGUACAGUACGUUUAUCACCCCUCAAUGCCCCAAUACUAUCCGCCGGUACCCGAUUAUUACAGUUACGGUAAAAGUGUGGAGGAAGAUCCGAAUGCUUGUGUUAUCUGCUAAAAUUUGCGUUCUUUAUAUAUACAUAUAUUAGUUGGAAAACUCAAUGAAGAAGAAGAUGAAAAAAAAUAAAACACAUUUUGGAUUGGUUUUUUUUCUUUUUAAAUUCUGUUUUUGUACAGCAUGGUGGAUUGAUUUUAGUUUUGUUCUCACAUAUGUUGUAUUCUAUUUUUAUUAGUAAUGGAAAAUUAAAAUUAUUAGUUUUGGGUA